AUGGCUGCAAAACUACUCCUGGAAGGCGGAUGUCUUUGUGAAUCCAUUCGCUAUAAGAUAACCUUUCCUGAACACCACGAUCUUUCCAAAGACACUCUAGGCUGCAUUUGUCAAUGCACUCAGUGCCGCAAACAGACUGGCAGUUUCUUUCUGGCAACACUCACCGUCCCUGUCGCAGCCAUACAAUGGCAAGGCGAUUCCGAGAGCAGAAUCAAACGUUUCAACAAGACAGAGAACAUUGACAGAGGCUUCUGCGGUACAUGCGGGUCGUUCCUGUUCUGGUACCCGCGGGGAAAGGAUAUAAGCAUCGCCACUGGAAGCCUCGAUCCUCUUUACUUGCUUGGUGCAGGCGCAGGCAACGCGGACGAUCGCAUCCCAAAUGAUGGUUUGGCGGGACAAAUAUUCAGCGGAUGGUUCAAUGUUGAGUUCUGUGAGAGUGAAAUUAAGGGCAUUACAGACGACAUGCCAGUGCUUCAGAAGGGAAAGAGAUGUCAGGGUGACAGCUCGAAGGUUUGA